GCCACUGCGGCCAGACAGGGAUGGUGAGCAGCAUGACAUGAGCGGCCUUUCCCCGAAUACCAGUGCGCACUCAUUUUGCUCAGCUGCAGAGCAAAUUGCCUCAGGAGACACUACCACCCCACCCGGCUGCGCCCAAAAGAGCUACAAAGGAUGUCUACCGGGAACAGCAGGAGGGGAGCAGUGGAGAAGGGUGGUGCAGUAGCUGGCAUGAACAAGACUGUAGCAACCCAGACGAGCUAGGCGUAUUUCGAGUGCACAGUGUGUGAACGCCGGGAAAUUACACCCACUCUACAAAAUGCCACCAUAAUUUGUCUUAUCGAUUGGAACAAAGACGUUAACUUCUAACGCUAUUUGGAUACAUUGUUGCACCCUUCAUCCUUGGUUUAGAUCAGUCUGUCCGGUGCAUCAUGCAGACAGGAGCUCACCUGCUUCUCUAUCUCAUCCUGCACUAUGUGGAAGCUGCAGCGGCGUCCCAGUGCUGGCAGGGGGCGACGUAUUCAGAGGCUGUGGUCUCCCCGGCCCUGAGGAGCAGCAAUAUCUUGCGGGUGCCGGAAGUGUCGUCUCUGGCGCAGUGUGCCGGGGCCUGUUGUGAUCUGCCCGGUUGUAACCUGGCCUGGCUGUUUGAGCGUCGCUGCUACAUCCUCAGCUGCCAGCAUCGGGAGAACUGCCAGCCCAGACAGAGACCCGGAGCUGAUUCCUAUAUGGCCUUCCUGCAGAGAGGACCCCCCCAGACCCUGCUGCUCCAGUCUCUGGUCAGGGGGGAGGCAUACCCCAGUCGCUGGAGGCCCCGCCCCUCUGGGGACAUAGAGGCCCUGAAGGACCUAGCCCUGUUAGAUGGGCCCCAGACGGAUUUUGGUGACCCAGGUGGGAUGGAUUUGGAAUACCCUGAGAGUGAACUUGGCCCUGAGGAUAAGGGUGGGGAUCUUCCAGAUUGGCCUGCAGCAUUGGAAGGGAGGGAAGGUUUCAACCUAUCGGAAAGUGAAGGCAGGCUAGAGGGGCUGGGAUUUGCAACAGAAGGCGCUGAGAGCAGCCUGCCCAGUCCUUCCACUGGGGCGACAGUCAGCCAAGGGGCACCCCCCAUUGACCCCAUGUCUGGCAAUACACCUGAAAACAAGAAAGAUAGUGAACUACAGAACACAUCCUUGGCCAGCUCAGGGCCAACAUUCAUGCCCAAACCACAGAAUGACAGUGUUCACUCCUCCCAACCGAGCCAAAUAAGGACUUCCCAUCCCACUGAAGCCCCAUCUCAUCUGUCCAGUACUGUACCACUGACCACAUCCACACAGACAGAGCUAACGUUGCCCAGGGACACGGUGGAGCUGGUAGCCUCCGUCAGCCCAGAGCCCCAAACUGAGAUUACUGAUGAUGGAGUGAUCAUCAGCCAUCACUGGGAGCAGGUUGGAGGUCCAUCCAUAGAGCUUGGAGCUUUCUUGGACACACAGAUUCUCAACCUAUCCAACCUUGCCCCUGGGGAGUACACGUUCAGGCUGACCGUUAUAGAUUCUGACGGGUUGUCAGACUCCACCACAGCUACAGUGGUGGAGAAUGACCGACUGCCCUACCCCAGCCAUACCCUCACUCCCACCUCCAGCCCUGGCCUUGCUGCUACCCUGGCCCACAGGCAGGUUGACCCUACUGCAGCCACCUCCUCUGUCAGUGCCUCUGCCACUCAGAAGACAGAGAACAAAAUCACCCCCAUAGCUGAGGUCAAGGAGUCCAACAGAGCCCCUGUGGCUGUAGUGGGUCCUAACAUGCAGCUGACCCUCCCAGUGACCAGCGUCACCCUGGACGGAAGCAGCAGCACUGAUGACCACGCCGUCACCAGCUACCACUGGGACACCAUCAGUGGUCCUCCAGGGUCAAGGACAGAGGGUGUGGACAAGGCCAUAGCCAUAGUAACGGGCCUCAGAGCGGGCCGCUACACAUUUAGGCUGACUGUGGGUAACCAGGAAGGGCUGACAGACAGUGCCUUGCUCACAGUCAGGGUUCAAGAGGCCAGAAGCCUUUCCCCUGUAGCACAUGCCAGUGGCAGCCACACCCUCACCCUGCCCAACAACUCCCUGGUGCUCAGAGGCUCAGUGACGGAUGGUGACCCAGCCAAGGUGCACUUCCUCUGGGUCCGGGACAGUCAGAGCCCUGCUGCUGGGGACGUGCUGUAUGGUUCAGAGCAGCAGGCCUCCCUGUACCUGGCCAACUUGGUGGAGGGGACCUAUCUGUUCCAGCUGCGUGUCACAGACACCCAGGGACGCAGCAGCACCGCCACAGCCACCGUGGAAGUGCGGUCAGGUAGAUACCCUGGUGGACGUGAGGAGGUAGAAGUGGAGAUGUUGGUGGCGGUGGCCCAGGUGAGUGUGUCUCAGAGGGACACAGUGCUCAGACAGUUGGCCGCACUGCUCCACGUCCUGGACAAUGACAUCCACCUCAGGGGCCUAAGGGGGCACUCAGACCUCAGCACAGUAUUGAGGUUCUCAGUGCAGGGUCCUGUGGGGCCAGUCCCUGGUCCUAAACUGGCCAGUGUGCUGCGUGAUCAGCUGCUGAGGGAGAAGACUGACUACCUGCUCUUCAGAGUCCUUCGAGUGGAUACAGUCAGUGUUCAUCCCACAUCCCACUCAGUGUGCUUGCUACGCUGCUCGGGCCGUGGGACGUGUGACCCAAUCACCAAGGAGUGUGUCUGUGACCCCUUUUGGACAGAGAACCUCAUUCGCCGGUUCUUUGGCGAUGGAGAGAGCAACUGUGAGUGGCGGGUUCUCUACUUCAUCCUGGCCUUCUUCAUGGUCAUUGUCCUCAUCGUGACAGUCAACUGCGCGUGUGUCUACUGCUGCAAAAGGAGGGGGCGCACUAAGGUCAGGAAGAAAACUAAGUACACUAUACUGGACAAUAUGGACGAACAGGAGAAAAUGGAGCUGAGGCCCAAAUACAACAUCAAACACAGGAGCACGGAGCACAACUCCAGCCUCAUGAUGUCCGAGUCAGAGUUGGACAGUGACCAGGAUACCAUCUUCAGCCGCGACCGACCGGUCCGGAGCAGAAACCGGACCAACGCUCAGGCUGCCCGCAACGGGAAUACCUUCGGAUGAGCAGGAACACACUGAAGUGGGGUGGUUAUCGGACAACAUGAGUGAAACCCACUUUUGCGAUUAUUGCCGGGGUGCACAGCUCGAGUCCUCGACUGCAAUAGUGACUGCUUGUUUUCGGUCUCGUCUUCUAUUCAAAUACUGGUUUCGACCAGGUCUGUACUUUCUAUGACAUUCAUUGGACAACUCAGCACCAGGGAAAUGUGAAAAUCCAAGGGCCGUAGUGGACUAGAGUUGGGCAUCACCUAAUUCUGGGGAAGUUUACAUACAUACAGACUGUUUGAAUGACUCGACACAAGGAUGAAGGUGCUCUUUGUGAGGAGCACAGUGAGGUUCUGUGGCCUCACAUACUUCUACAGAUAACCAGAUUGGUGAAUGUACAUACAACUACCCAUUAUGCAUACUAGUCUACCGACUACUACUGACCUUUAACUUUGCCUUGUUAUCCGAGAAUGACACGUCUUAGAUUUAAAGGUGUUUUACUGUCAUUAUUUUAUAGGAAAUGGAGACAAGCCCAACCCUGGUUGUGAGCGCCUGAUGCCGCUCCUGUAAAUUAUUUAACUAAUUGGAUUUGUCAAAAUGGCUUGAGUGCACAUUUUGGGAAAAGUCUCAUAAUUCUUACGUUCAGUACCCAAAGUCCAUCUUGUGAUGCUAUUCAGAAUCUAACUCAAUUUAUCUGUGAUCUCUCUCUAUGAGUGUCUUGGACUUUGACACAAUACAACACAGCAUUUUACUGUAUUUGAACUACUGUAUUGAGCUUGCAGACUUGUCCUCCAAACUAGUUGUAUAGCUUUGGUAUCUUUCUCAUUUUAAAGCUUCUUUAUGCUAAAUAAGCAUAAUGGUCUUGUAAAUGGGCCCGAAUAAACAGAACCAGGCAUUUCAUGGGACAAUCCAUAAAGGUGCCAAAAUGCACUAUUCACCAUAAGCCUGUGGCUGACAGAGACCCUAUUCUAUUCAAGUAUUUGGCAAUGCAUCCUUUCUUCCUUCCCAUGGUAAGAUCUAUUAUCUAACCUGAACAUGGUGGGUAACAUGCUUUCAAUCAGUAAUUCCUUUGAGUAAUGAUUGAAAAUGUUUUCCUGAAUUCAGUGUCAGAGAAUGUCUGAUUACAUAAGUAUAGUGCAAACAAAUUAUUGACAGGACGGUCAGGACCCACAGUUCAAGGGUUAAGAAGAGGACGGAUGGUAUUGAUAAGUAACGUUACUAUGCAGGACAGGUAACCGUCGAUGGAAUGGAUAAAACACUUCAGACAUUAAAGCAACAUAAGCAUGUCCAAUGGUUGCUUUACAUGUUUUGUUUUCGUAAGGGACUGGGGAGAUAUUUCCCCAAUAUGGACGGAAACACUACAGCCAUGUUGGUAUAUUCAUGCAUUUUUCCCAUUACGCCACCCAAUUUUUGGUAUAUGCUUUGUUUACUUAACUAAUUACAGCUACCAAUGUUUUUACAGAUAAUAUAUUGCCAAAAAAUAAACCAAUGCAUCA